AUGUUCCCUUUCCCAGGUUGGCACAUUUCCCCCCCCCCCUUCACCGCACCUCUCAGGGCUGCUUGGACCGAGUGGACCGUGGACCGUGGACCGUGGAUCGUCGACCGUGAAUCGUGGACUGCCUUGUCUCCUCAGGGUCCGUCCCAUCAUGUCAAUCCGCUGCCACCGCCGCCUCGCCUCACCUUCGCACCCACCGCCCGCAAUCGCGCCGGUCCAACACCUGAGCGUCUCGCAUCAACCUCUGGCAGUGUCUUUUACUGUCCGAGCCACCUCGCCCCCGCCGCCACUUCACAGAUUGUGCUGCCCAACCCUCCGAUCCGCCCCCGGCAGCACCGCACCCGUGCCAUCCACAUCGUCUCCUAUCCGCCAGGCUUCGUCCCCGCCGAGUUGAGGCCGAAACCUGAGCCGUCAGCCAAGAAGAAGAGGAAAAUCGCCGAGGACAAACGACGACUGGAGGAGGCCAAGAGGAAACUCGAGGAGAAGAGGCAGCAGAAAGAGGCCAAGGAGGCUGCCAGAGAAGCGGCCAGAGAAGCUGCGAAGGACGCCGCCAAGCAGAAGCGCGCAUCGAAGCGGGAUUCUCUCACCAAAGCCACCUUUGACAAGCUCCUCGCCCCCUUCACCUUUGUGACCGCCUCUUCGCCAACGACCUCGGCGACCCCGUCUGCGGCACCGUCUCGCCCCAUCAGCCGCGCACCGUCCACUGCCGGCAGCAGUUUUCUGAACCGCCUGUCGAUCUACAGCCGGAACGAGGAGCCCCUGCAACUAGAUCCUCCUCCUCCUCCUCCACCACCACCACCACCACCAGCAGCAGGACCCGUUGAGCCCGAGCUCAACAACACCGACAUGGCCAUGCACCACCACCAGCUCGAGACGACGAAGCUCCAGUACGGUUCUGUCAAGUGGGAGCUGCACGCGACGGUUGAACGUGCGGGUGCCUUCAAGCCCAACCUCCACGGCCAGAAGGAGGUGUUUAUCGUUCGGGUGCCUGACCAGCUCUCGCUCGAGAUGACGGAGCCCAUUUCCAUCAGCAGGCAGUGGGAGGAUCAGCUUCACUACGACAUUAUCAUUUCUGGAAAGUCCUUUCCCAUCGGCACCAAGAUUCCCAUCGCCUUCAAGUUGACACCACUUGCCAAGGUUCAGGUGCACAAGUUGAAGGUCUUCUGCACCGAGUCAAUCGAGUACUGGACCAAUGACCGCCGCGUUACCCGCAAGGAUCCUGGCCGCAAGAUACUGCUGUUCGAGAAGGCCGCCGGCAAGCCGCUCGACCCCAAGUACGCCUCAUCCGACGUGCGCGUGCUGAGCGGCGGCGAGCUUAGCCCUCGCGAACGCCGCGAAGCUCGUCAGGCUGCCGCCAUGCGCCGGUCCGUAGAGGCCUCGAGGCACAACGCCAUGCCACAUCCCCUGCCUGAGCCGUCGGACAACCUGCUCGGCGACCUGGACCUGGGACUGGAGAGCUACUGGGGCUCUACAGAGAUUGAGAUGAACGUGCAAGUUCCUACGUGUGAGCAGAUGGCGAAGAGCAAAGAGCUGCGUCUCAACCCCGACUGCAGCUGGAAGAACGUCAACGUGUAUCACUGGAUCAAGAUCGUCAUGCGCAUUUCCCGCCUCGACCCUGAAGAUCCUACUGGCACGCGCCGCCGGCAUUUCGAGAUCAGCAUUGACUCGCCAUUCACAGUUCUCAACUGCAGGGCUACGCAGGCCAACACGUCGCUGCCCGAGUACACCGGUCUAGGCCUUGAUCCUUCGCAGGGUAGGCAAACCUCGUGCGGAUGCCCCGACGCAUCCGCCAUCGAGGCCUCGCCCAACUCGUCGACCGGCACGUUGCCCUCGGUGGAUGCUGGUCUCGACGCCAUGCCAGCGCCUCCCCAGCCGGCUCAUCUCACAUCGGCACACACGCAGAGCCCGAGUCCCACUGGAAACGGCAGGGACUCGCCCCCUACAUCUCAGAACCAGUCAAUCGACGUAUCGGACAUGUCGGCACGCCCUAUUCACCUUCUGCGCGUGCCCUCGUACAACCCGCCUGCGUUUGACGAGGAUCAACCGCCUCCGGCCGCGGUCAACACUGUGGCCCAGACUCCGCCGCCGCAGUACGACGUCGUCGUCGGCACCCCCAGUGUCGAUGGCUUGGCGGAUUACUUUACACGACUGGCCGACUACGGCUAUGACGGUCGUGACGAUGACUCGGAUUCGGCCGAUGAAGGCCCCGAGAGUAUUAUGGAGCGUGGCGGACGUGUCAACGUGGCACACCCGCGCACGCCUGGCGCACCGCGUGCUCCUAGCAGAAGCAUGGAGAUCCAGCGUCCAAACCUGGACCUGGUGCUGCCGAGGGCCAGUGGGGCCUUGUAA